AUGAUUGAUACUUGGGAUAUUUACUAUGCCAUACUUAGUUCGAGGAAGCAUGACUCUGAAUUGUUUAAGGAAUGGAAAAGUAAACUUGAUGUUGAUCGUUUGAUCAAUGACUUGAGAUUGAUUCUCAGCAAGGAUCGUCCGCCCACAUACCAUCUACAAGGAGAGGACAAGGAGUUUCGUGAUCAGUGGCAUACCGCGGAAUGUCAUCUCAAGGGCUUCCUUUUAGCCGGUGUUGGCAAUGCCCUUGAGAGGUUUGACAAACCCAAAAGGCCGUUGGUCAACAAGCCCAAGUGGUUUGAAGAAAAGUCCUCUAAGGUAAGAGCUGGUCGCGCUGUGGAGCAUUUAAGGAGUGAGGUAUUGGAAGAGGGCCAUGAUGUGGGCAAAUACGUCCUAGUCAUGCAUGGCUAUUUCCAUGAACUUCUAUUAUCGGGGGGAAAGUUGACCCAGAAACCCAGAAGAUAA